AUGCAGGGAUGCGACGGGUCAGUGCUACUGAAUUCAACGAACCAGGAUGCAGAGAAAGACGCAAUUCCAAAUUUGAGCUUGAGGGGAUUUCAAGUGAUUGACGCUGCAAAGGCAGAGCUUGAAAAGCAGUGCCCUGGCGUGGUGUCUUGCGCUGAUAUUCUUGCCCUCGUCACCCGAGAUGCAGUGGACAUGAUUGGAGGGCCAGUGUGGAGCGUUCCCAUGGGAAGAAGAGAUGGCGUUAUAUCCCUGAAGAAAGACGCAUUGACAAACCUGCCAUCUCCCUUCGCAAGCUUCGAACAACUUAAGUCAUCUUUCAUUAAAAAGGGCUUAAAUGUAAAAGAUCUGGUUGUGCUGUCUGGGGCUCACACUAUCGGCACUUCCCAUUGCGGAUCCUUUGCAAGUAGAAUCUCCAAACCUACAGACCCUUCCCUAGCUGAGUCAUAUGCGACCAAAUUGAGAAUAAAAUGCAAGCCUGGAGACAAUAAGAGCUUAGUAGAGAUGGAUCCUGGAAGCUUUCGAACAUUUGACAACCAUUAUUACAUCAACUUGAGGAGGAAACGAGGACUUUUUGCAUCAGAUGCUGCACUUGUCACGGAUGCUGAAGCAAACUCUUUCAUAAACUCUGCACUAGCAUCUUCAACUUCUAACUCUACUAGUUGGUUCUUUACUGAGUUUGGAAGAUCCAUGGAGAAGAUGGGUAAUAUUGACAUCCUCACUGGGAAUGCAGGACAAGUCAGACACCACUGCGCUUUGGUCAAUUGA